GCACAGUUUCUGAUCAGACAAAUGCAACUGCAGCGAAGCAGUCCUCUCUGAGUUGUAGAUUUACUUAAGGUGUUGGUCAGUCAUUCAAGAUUAUAUCAACUUCCAAACAUGAUAGCAGGAAAUGCAGGUUUCCUGGUUGUGGGGGUUUGCCUUUGGCUCAUCAUUUCAGCAGGUCUGGCAGAAGAAGGAGACGACAUGGAGAGAAAUGCAACUGUUUCUGAGAAAGUCGUCCGUCAGUCCCAGUCGCUGUGUGACGGCGAGCGGGAGUUUGUUCAGAAGAGGAAACAAAUAGUUCUGGAGACUCUAAACAGUUUGGAAAUCAACUGUACUGAGAACUCGGUUCCCCACAUCGCCCUGCUGGGGUCAGGUGGAGGUCAGAGGGCCACUGUGGCUAUGGUGGGUUCCCUCUAUCAGCUGGAGAAGGACAAUCUGCUGGACACCCUGCUGUACCUGGCGGGAGUUUCUGGCUCAACAUGGGCCAUGGCCUCAGUGUACAGUGAGCCACACUGGAGCUCCAACAUGGACGGAGCCGUUUCCAAGCUGUCGAAUGAUAGGCUGGAGAUGGAUGAGGCCCUGGCCUGGUUGAACGAGAGGGAGAAAGAUGAAUACUUCUCUCUCACUGAUCUCUGGGCAGUCUUAACCUCUGUUGGCAUCAUGAAGCAGGACAUGCGACAUUUGUCAGAUGAGGCCGACAGGAAUGCCACCAACCCUUACCCCAUCUAUUCUGCCAUAGAGAAGCAGUGCUUCUCAGAUGGGCCCACAGAAGGGAAAUGGUUCGAGAUAAGCCCUCAUGAAGCCGGAUUCCCAGCGUUGGGUCUCUUUGUUGAAACGUCUCUCCUGGGCAGCAAGUUUCAGAGUGGAGAGCUGCUGGAGAAGAAGCCAGAGAUGGACAUGGUCAAACUGCAAGGUGUGUUAGGAUCUGCGAUGGCUGAUGAGAAGAUUGCCACAGAUAACAUCCCUUCCUGGCUGAUUGUGGAUGAGGAGAGUUCUUCUCAGAAGUACUGGCGUGCCAUCAAGAUCUUUUAUAAACUUUCCGGCCUGAUGGGACACAUCUCUAAAGAACCUGCUGCUCAACCUGACUGGACCACGUUGUGGAAAAUAUUCAACGGCAUGGUGCAUAAUAAUCAGUCUGCAAGGUUGCCCUCGAACACUUCAGAGGAAAGGCAGGAAGUUUUACAGCCACUGGGCCUGCAGCUGCUGCAGGCAGCAAAAACCUGGUGUGAAACUCUUCAGGAUGAAACUUUAAAAAGACAAGUUUCUGCCAUUUUAAAACAUGUCGAUCCUCUGAUUCAUAAAUGGGAGUGGGGAACAACCACAAACUUCCUCUAUCAAUACCAAGAUCCCUCUAUUCCACCUUGCCUCCAGAGUAAUGAGACUAUCCACCUGAUAGACGCUGGAUCACUGAUCAACGUGCCCUAUCCUUCAUUUCUGGGAGACAAGAGAGACAUCGACCUCAUCAUUGCACCAGAGUACAGCGCUGGAAACAUGUUUGAGACUCUGACUCUUGCAAGAAAUUAUUCAGCCGAAUUGAUGAAGCCUUUCCCAGAGAUAGACGACGAAAUCCUGAAGGACAGAGACUUCCCGAAGGACUGCUAUGUGUUGGAGGGAGGAGAAACGGCGCCCACGAUCAUCUACAUGCCGCUGUUCAACCAACAGAACUGCAAAGAUGCUGAAGAGUUCAAAGCGAAGAUGGACGAGUACAACACCUUCCAGCUGCCCUACACCCAGGAGAAGAUCGACUUUGUGCUGGAGACGGCAAAAGCCAACAUGAAAAACAACAGAGAGACGCUGCUGAGGGAGAUAAAGAAGGCCGUUCUCCGCAGAGAGAAAAAGGAAUAAGGGAAUCCUACAUGGGGGCAGAAGCUUACUUCUUGCUUGACAGGUUUGCUGUGAUUCAGCAUCUGUGGUUUCCUAAUGAUCAAAAGGCAGAUGCUGUCCUGGCUUUACGUUAUUGCUCUCCGCUACAAAGGAGGCAGAGAAAACACAACUUAUACACAGUUAUAGAAUGAAUAUACAAGCAUGUCUGCUGGAAAUCUGGUGGUUGGGUUUUAGUGGAACUUUUACUUUAAAUAUAAAUGUGACACUUUUGUUCUAUUGCAUGGUGAAUAACUGCACUAUUAAAAGUAUCUGGACACCC